GGAAGCUCCGGACCUGAGCAAUGGCAGAGGAGAACUUCACUCUGUUUGCCGAAUUUGUGUUCUUGGGGGUCUCUGGCAGAAAGGACGUACAGCAGGGACUCUUUGCGUUCUUUCUCCUUGUUUAUGGGGUAACGGUGAUUGCCAAUCUGGGCAUGAUCCUUCUCAUCGAAGUGGACCCCAGGCUCCACACGCCCAUGUAUUAUUUCCUGGGAAAUCUGUCUUUCUGCGAUGUCUGCUAUUCCUCAACUGUCUCUCCCAAGAUGCUGGCUGAUUUCCUAUCGGAGCAGAAGAGGAUUCCAUAUAAUUUAUGUGCCAUUCAAAUGUAUUUUUUCGGCGCCUUUGCGGAUGUGGAGUGCCUCCUGCUGGCUGUCAUGGCCUAUGACCGUUACGUUGCCAUUUGCAAUCCACUUCUUUACACCGUUGCAAUGUCCAGGAGGGUCUGCACCCAGCUAGUGGCUUGCGUCUAUAUCAUAGGCUCUGUGGAUUCAGCCAUCCACACGAGCUGCACGUUCCAGCUGUCCUUCUGCAGCACAAAUGUCAUCAAUCACUUUUUCUGCGACAUCCCUCCCUUGCUAGCCCUGUCUUGCUCAGACACAUCUGUCAAUGAGAUAGUGAUGUUCGCUUUCAUUGGCGGCAUUGUGGGGUGCAGUGUCGUCACUGUCCUCCUCUCCUACGGCUACAUCAUCUCUACCAUCUUCAGGAUGAACUCAGCCGAGGGCAGACGCAAAGCCUUCUCCACCUGCGCCUCCCACCUGGCAGCUGUGGCUGUGUUUCACGGUACUCUCCUGUUCAUGUAUUUCCGACCCAGCUCAAGUUACUCCCUGGACACGGACAAGAUGGCCUCUGUGUUCUACACGGUGGUCAUCCCUAUGCUCAACCCCCUGAUCUACAGUUUAAGGAACAAGGAUGUGAAGGCUGCUCUGAAUAAGGCAAUCAGAACACGGAUGGCUUUCACAUGA